AUGAGUGACAGCAAUAUUGUCUCAAAUGACCCUGCUGGUCUCAGUGACGGUCCCCCCUCCAAGCGUCCCUGCAUGAUCGAUACGCCGCCUAUUGCAUCAACUCCAGACGAUGGGAGCGAUUUCUACAAUACACCUCUGGUCCCUGGGACUCCUGUGGUAAAUGCAGGUACCCAGAACCCUGCGCCUGGAGCUGAGCCGCCAGUUGUUUCCCAGCCGGCACCGAUGAUCCCAGGGUUGGGUUUUGUCUCCCCGAAUGCUCAACCCUCGGCAGUCACUCAAGAUACAAAUAGCGCCGCCUCCACGCAGAACACUAGCGAAGCCGAACUCAAACCGCGAGAGAUUGGAACUACGGCCAAUCAAGAGCCAAAGAAGGAUGUGGUUUCCACCGAUAAUAUGGAAGUUGAUCAGAAGCCCGCACAAUCGAGUUCAGACAAGACAAAUGAAGCAUCUUCGGAGCAACCUGAUAAUGAAGAGGAGGCCGAAGAGGAACACCCAGAAUGGGAGGUUGACUCGGAUCCCUAUGAGUCAUCCUCAGACAGCUCGACAUCUGAUUCCGACGAUAGCGACGACGAAGAUUACCCGAUUCUUAGCCCCGAAGAACAAGCACGAAUCCUGAUGCAGGCCGAGGCUGGCUCUGAUGAUGAGGGAGAUAGCAAAGGGAAAGCCGGUGGAUUCAUUCGCUCCGCCAAUGAGAUUGACGAAGACGUCUUACCGAUUCCCGAUAUUCAAGUGACCCCCGAGAUGAAGAUUACCCUGCUAGGAAAGGUCCAGACAGCCAUUGACAAUGCCGUUCUUAUCGAAGCAAAUGUCUCUGGCGAUUACCAGGUGCUUGAGUCUGGCUCGGUCCUCUGCUCUGAAGACCGCAAAAUCCUGGGUGUUGUGUCUGAAACUCUUGGCCGAGUUGAAAACCCGCUCUAUACCGUCAUGUAUAAGAACGCAGCUGAGGCCCAGGAGCGAGGCAUGGUGAAGGACAUGCUUGUCUACUAUGUUGAUGCUCACUCUACAUUUGUCUUCACCCAGCCUCUCAAGGGAAUGAAGGGUAGCGACGCCUCCAACUUCCAUGAUGAAGAGGUUGCCGAGGAUGAGAUUGAGUUUUCCGAUGACGAGGCGGAGGCUGAAUAUAAGCGGAAGCUGAAGCAGAAGAAACAAGAAAGAAAGGAUGCCAGGGAGGGUGGUGCUGGAAGGAAGAAGGGACCUCCAGGUCCCUCGAAACUUGGUCAGUCCGAACUCAACUAUGACGAUGAAGGAGGCGAGGAUGGAUAUACACCCCUGGCUCGGCCUAAGAACCUUCAUGAGAUGAUGGGCGCCCGGGAGGCACCGAUCGAAGGUAUCGAGCGAGGAUCUGCUUCGCGUGGCGGCAAAGGCCGAGGCCGAGGCGCCGAUAGGGCGCGAGGAGGACGUGGACGAGGUGGUGGCGGCCGAGGAGGAUCUUGGGAACGAGAUCAAGAUCGCCGUCCCCAGCACCAGCAGAGCAGCGGUGGUCAGUUUCCGGCUCAGCCAGUCUCUCACCAGCCUCAACCAUCGCCGUACGGCCAACCUCCACAUCAGCAACAGCCACCAUUCUAUGGCAUGCAGCAGCCCUUUACUGGAUACCCGCAGUAUCCGCCCCAGCAGCAAGCACAGUACGGGCAAGGUUCAGCACCGACGCAAUUCCCCUUUCAAUUCCCCUUCCAGCAACCGUACCCACAACAGCCUCCUUUUCAGGGCAUUCCCCCAGGCGCUCAUAUCAACCCUCUGUUCCUGGCUGCUCUGCAGCAACAGCAACAGCAACAGCAAUUCCAGCAACCCCAAGCCUCUACACAGGUGCCACAGCAAAAUCCAACUAUGAACUUUGACCAAGUCAAAGCCCAGUUGGAUCUGUUACGCCAGCUGAGCAAUGGGAACCAGGGACCCCCGCCGUCAUAG